AUGACAUAUUAUCUCAUUCUAGGUGAAAUUCCCGCUAAAAAGAAACUUGAUUUUGUUAAGUUCAAUUUCUUAGAACGUGUCAUGAUACUCAGAAAUGCUAUUUAUGAUAAGAAGAAGAAUACCUUUUUCAGUAAAAGGAAAAGAAAAAUAGUGAAAGACGAGGAAGAUGAAAAUAAUAGAAAUAUUAAUGUCUUAACUCUAAUUAUACCUUUUCCAGAUAAGCAGAAGAUUCGAUAUCUUAUUAAGAACUUACAAAGUAUCAACACAAAUGAUAGGAAGUUCACAGUGCUAGCAUUAUCAGGAAGUGAUAAAAGUACAGUUGUCUAUAAACGAAAGUGUUAUGACUAUUUGCUUAACUUUAUACUUCAUAAUGAAUUAUUGAGACGAUACUGUAUCACUGGUAACCCAGGCAUUGGGAAGACAUAUUUUGAAAUAUUAUUAUUAGUUACACUUCUUAAAAAUAAGAUGUCAAUUCUGAUAGAUAAUCAAGAUUACAUGGCAUAUAUUACUCCUGAUAGUAAUCUAAUUCUGGUAAAUGAUAAAGAGUACAGACUAUAUGCAGAACGUUUAGAUACUUAG